CUGAACUAUUUAAAACAACCGGUGGCAUAUAUUUUUUUGUGAUUGAACUCUGCUAAUGCUCUAAGCCGUUCUUCCAUGUGUCAACAUCCUAUUGGUGGAAAAUCCGAACCUAACAACGUCCAUAUAGGGCUAAUUGGAGAACUCUGUCAUUUCUCCAAAAAUCAUUUUAGGGUUUAGUCUCAAUAACUCCACCGUCCAACGACGCCCCCAACCCAGAGGCGGAACAAAAUGUCGUCGGACUCCUCGCCGCCGGCGCUGGACGGGCUCACCCUGAGCGACCCCAUCAAGGAGUCGGAGUUCUCCCAGCGUGUCCCAAUCCAAUCCAUUUUGAGCAGACCCGACAAGGGCGCCGGGUUGGCCGGUCAGAAGGUCCGGAUCGGCGGUUGGGUGAAGACAGGGCGCGAGGCGGACAAGGGCAGGUUUGCAUUUCUCGAGGUCAACGACGGGUCGUGCCCGGGGAACCUGCAGGUGAUUGUCAAAUCCGAGGUCUACAAGCUGAGCGACGUUGUUGCCACUGGAACCUGCGUGCACGUCGAGGGCCUGCUUAAGUCACCGCCGGAAGGGGUCAAGCAGAGGAUCGAGCUCGAGGUGGAGAGGGUCAUUGAUGUCGGGACUGUGGAUGCGGCCAAGUACCCGUUGCCCAAGACGAAAUUGACGCUCGAGUUUCUCAGGGAUGUCGUGCACCUUCGCCCCAGAACCAACACUAUUUCUGCAGUUGCUAGAAUCCGUAAUGCUUUGGCAUAUGCAACGCACACGUUUUUCCAAAAGCAUGGUUUCCUUUAUGUCCAUACUCCAAUUAUUACGACCAGUGAUUGUGAGGGCGCUGGUGAGAUGUUUCAAGUCACAACCAUAAUCAAUGAAGCUGAGAAGAUAGAGAAGGAUCUGAAAGAGAAUCCUCCUCCUUCUGAAACUGACAUAGAGGCUGCAGAGCUUGUUGUCAAGGAGAAAGGAGAAAGAGUUGCCCAGCUAAAGUCUGCUAAGGCAAGCAAACAAGAGAUUGUUGCUGCUGUUUCUGAACUCACUAAGGCCAAAGAGAACCUCACGAUGCUAGAUGGGAGGCGUAAGCUGGCUGAGAGACUUAAAUUUGGGGGUGGUCUUCCCAAGAAGGAUGGGAAAAUUGAUUAUGCAGAAGACUUUUUCGCUAGGCAAGCAUUUUUGACCGUAUCAGGGCAGUUGCAGGUUGAAACAUAUGCGUGUGCUCUCAGUAGUGUGUAUACCUUUGGGCCAACAUUUCGAGCAGAAAAUUCCCACACUUCGAGACAUCUUGCUGAAUUUUGGAUGGUGGAGCCUGAAUUAGCUUUUGCUGAUAUACAAGAUGAUAUGAAUUGUGCUGAGGCAUACGUGAGAUUCCUCUGUCAGUGGUUACUUGACCAUUGCUAUGAUGAUAUGGAGUUCAUGACCAAAUUCAUUGACAAAACUGCCCUCCAAAGACUUGAAAUGGUUGCCAAAUCCAAGUUCCACAGAAUAACUUACACCGAGGCAGUUGCCAUUCUUGAGGAAGCAGCUAAGGUCAGGAAAUUUGAAAACAAAGUGGAAUGGGGAAUUGAUUUGGCUUCUGAACACGAAAGAUACUUGACUGAAGAGAAAUUCAAGGCACCUGUUAUUGUCUAUAACUAUCCAAAAGCAAUUAAAGCCUUCUAUAUGAAAGUCAAUGAAGAUAACAAAACUGUUGCUGCUAUGGAUGUGCUUGUACCUAAGGUGGGAGAACUUAUAGGUGGGAGCCAAAGAGAGGAGAAUUAUGAGGUUCUGAAGCAAAGGAUACUGGAGAUGGGUCUUCCUAUUGAGCCAUAUCAGUGGUAUCUUGACCUCCGAAGUUAUGGAACAGUGAAACACAGUGGUUUUGGCCUUGGGUUUGAGCGUAUGAUCCUCUUUGCAACGGGUAUCGAUAACAUUAGGGAUGUCAUUCCUUUCCCCAGAUAUCCUGGGAGAGCAGAUCUUUGAGUUCUUUAUACUUGUUAUACCUUGGUACCAGAUAUUAGUAUUACUACCUUCUGUAAGGUGAAGAAAGCUUUUACACUUAUUAGGAUAGUUCGAGUGUUGUCUCGAAAAGUAUAUGUGCCUUGGCGCCUGUUUUCGCGUGUAUUUCUCUUGUUAUUUUUCAUGAAAAAUUUCAGAAUUAUUUGAUUUCCUCCUCGUUAACUUUUGUGAUGAUCUGCUAUUUGAAAUUUGAGAUGGAUUUGCAAAUACAAGGAAAUGAUGAAAUGUAUGAAGGCGUAAUGAACCUUAAUGGUUGCUCUUUGUAGAUCCUAUAAAUGAUGCUAUGUUGACACAAUUUGUUGACGUAAUGGAUGACAUAAAUGAUGUGUAAG